AUUCUGUUGAAACUUUGAGAAGUAGUUUGGUGUUGGCCGAAUAGUCAGAGGUUGGAGGAUUGUUUGACGCGGCACGUGUCUAUACCCUUUUGCUGUUAGUCUAAAACUAUGCCGUUUUACACUAACAGCAUCUAUGCUAGAAGCCGGAUCCAGAUCGCCUCUCUUUUAAUCUUGACCACCAAUUCCUAAGAAGCUACAUUUAUGAGUAGCACUAGUUUUUUCUUCCCUUUUCUUACUUUUCUGAGUUUUCGCUAUACCUUCAUCUUCCUCAGUAACCCUAGUUUCCACCUUCAAAUAUUGCACUCCUGAUUUUACUCCUUAACGUUUUGAUUCCUACGUACGUUUGCCUCUACUUUCACCUGUUUAUAGAAGGAACUCAUUUUUAAUAUUAGAGAUUAAAAAUCUUCUAAUUUAUGCAAAAAUGAAGGAAGAAGAAGUGAAUCGAUGCCAGAUUCUGGAGUGGUACCCAAAAUUUAAAUCUGUCUCCAUUAGAACCCAAAUUCAUGAACUUCCUGAAUCCUUUAUCCAAUACCUUCUUGACGAUGCUGGUCCCUUCCUUUUACCUGUUUCUAUCUAUAAUGAUGAUGCCCUACCCAAUAGACUCCAUAACCCUGAAGAGGAAGAAGACUAUCAGGUAUCAGAAGGAUCUGGAGAUGAGUCGGAACAACCUUCGCCACCCCCAUCUUUCCCAGAACUUGAAUCGAAGAUUAAGGACUCAAUUGAAUCCCUUGGUGGUGCAGUCUUCCCCAAGUUGAAUUGGAGUGCACCAAAAGACUCUGCUUGGAUUAGCACAACUGGGAGCCUCCGAUGCGCUUCGUUUAGUGAGAUUGCACUCUUGCUACGGUCAUCUGAAUCUUUGAUCCAUGAUUUAUGUCAUGCAUAUGAUUCAUGCAGUGAUAAGUCCUCAUCAAGACCGCAUAAUUUCUUCCUUGCGCUCCGCAAGUGGUACCCAUCCCUUAGGCCAGAGAUGGAAUUUCGUUGUUUUGUACAGGGUCAAAACCUAGUUGGAAUUUCCCAACGUGAGGUGACUACUUUUUAUCCUAUUCUUCUUGAGAAGAAAAUUAUUCUUGAGCGGUUGAUUCAGCAAUUUUAUGAGGAUAAUGUGAGGCUGAAAUUUGAAUCGGAAAAUUACACAUUUGAUGUUUAUGUUACAAAGGAUGAGCGGAUUAAGGUAUUGGAUUUCAACCCUUGGGGUGCAUUUACAUUGCCGCUGCUGUUUGAUUGGGAGGAAUUAGAGCAGAAUAUUAGGGAAGAAGGCAAUGAUGUGGACUUUAGAAUUGUGGAGAGCCAGUGUGCUGUUAGGCCUAGUUUGAAGACAGCAGUGCCAUAUGAUUACUUGGACACUGGCCCUGGAAGUGGUUGGGACCAAUUUCUGAGGAAUGCUGAUGAGGUGUUGCAGCGGCAGGCCAGGUCUUAUGAAGCAGGUGCUUGAGGUUUUUAUUGCCUUGAUUCAUGAGACUAGUGUUGCAGUUUCACAGGAAAACAGCCGAUGCUCUGUGUUUGCUGAGUUGGUGCCUUGGCAUCUUGGGGGCUAAGAAGCAAGAGCCUGCAUCCUCAUCAACUGCUGGACCUUCCAAACCCAAAUAAAGGGUGGAAGAAAGAAGAGAUAGAUCCAAUAUUUUUUGAAUUCACAAAGACAGCGCCAAAAGAAACCAAAAAAGAAAAAAUCGAUACUGUAACUAAGAAGAAUUUUCCUUUUUGACAUCCAAAGCCCUGUGGGUAAGCAUAGAGUGCUGUUAAAUAAGGUUCCCGAUGGAUUGAGACAGAGCAGUUAAACUGCAGAACCUUUUAUUUGGUUUACCUUUUCGAUCUGGUUUUUUUGGCACAUUUUUGUUACAUGCUUGGACUAGCCCGAGUGCUCAACUCUGUUGUGUAAGCUAUUCCUGGCUUGGGCAAGCACUGGCUGCAGCUUGUCAUCUGGUUGAAAGGUUAUUUUCUGUUUUUUUCUCAAAAAUAAUUCUCAGAUACAAAAACAAAAAUAAAUUUGCCAAACGAGCUC